UUACCAUGGACCUAUACGAAAGGGGGCGGAGACGGGUACAGCUAUGCACUCGGCGGAUUAACGACGUGGUCCAAUUUCUGCUACAGUGCUACUCCACUUUCUCCUCAAUGUUGGGAUCUAGAAUGCUGAUGAUCACACCUGUUCACAACCAUAGGGACCAAACAUAUUCUCUGUAAGAAAAAAUGGCCAUCCAAAUGUUGCUUGGAGUUUGCAGAAUUGGAAAUUAUAUUAUUGUUGUGAUGUUAUUACUAUCCCUCAUCAGGAAUCAUGUCUAUUCAGAGGAUUUCGAGUGCAAUUUCGAUGAACCAGAUUUGUGUGGUUUUACACAAGAUACAAAUGAUGAUCUGCAGUUUCUUCAUCAGAGUGGGUUGACUCCAACAGAAGGAACGGGGCCACCAGGAGAUCAUACCUCAGGUUUUGGUCAUUACAUGUACUUCGAAGCAUCGGGUGCAACGUUUGGAUCCAAUGCUCGCCUCAUCUCCCCUCGAUUUGUAGGUGGAACGAGCGCUGAUGAUGAAUAUGACGGUGUGAAGAUCACCUUCUGGGCGAGUAAGAAUGGUGAAGAAAUGGGCGACCUUCGUUUGUUUAAGAUGGAUGCACCCAGCGGUACUGAAACAGUAACAAGCACCACUUCCACAAUGCAGCAGAUUCUGGAAGUCCCCGGUGUGCUUGGGCCUCAGUGGGUUAAGAAAAACGUCACUAUUCCGAAGCCAGCCGGAGAUUUUUAUAUCGUUUUCGAAGCCACGUGUGGAGCAUCUUCCGCAAGUGAUAUUGCUAUUGAUGACGUCACUGUGAAUGAUGACAUCAUCCCAGGACCUAUUCCCCUUGAAAUAUUCAAUUGCACUUUCGAGGAGCCCGACACUUGCGUAUUAACUCAGGAUGACACCGAUGAUUUCAAUCUUUUGAAAUAUGUAGCAUCGAAUAAUGCCAAUCCGCACGCUAUGAGGAAAGACCACACCCUCGGCGAUGACACAGGGAGCUAUAUGUCCGUCGAUGCAUACAUUCAUCGUUUGGAUUGGUAUUGGUGGGGUUGGCGCAUGACAUCUGCCGAUCAGUCUGCUGGUCAGGAGGCUCGACUGAUCUCACCCAUGAUCUCUAAGGUCAAUGAAGGCGAAGAUCCCGCUUGCUUACUUUUCUUUUAUCAUAUGCACGGAGGCGAUGGUGUCGGUCAAAUAAGAGUCUUCAUCAAGAAUGAGACAUCAGAAGAUCUUGGCGGUCUGGAGUGGUUCUUGGGUGGUGAGAGGGGUAGUGUUUGGCGGGCAGCUGAAGUCAGGAUUGAUCAACCUCUCGACUUCCAGAUCAUAUUCCAAAUCACGGCUGGGAACUUGGAAAAUAUUGCACUAGAUGACAUCAGCCUGUCACGAUACGAAUGCCCCGGUGAACACCCGGUUGCCCUAGUGCCGAGCGUCGAUUGUGAUUUCGGAGAAGCAGAAAUUUGUUACUACACGCAUGACCCCACAGCGAACUUUAACUGGAUUUGGACUAAUCGUGCGACAGAUAGCUCAUUUACUGGUCCAGCUCAGGACCAUACAAGAGGGGACGAAUUAGGAUUCUAUGUGCAUAUAAGUAGCAGAGGGCAACGUCCAGGAAGCAAAGCUCGACUCAUCUCACCUCUUAUCAACCCCCAAACAAGCUCGUCUUGCCUUGAAUUUUGGUAUCACAUGUAUGGCAGCCAUAUUGGACAACUCAAUGUCUACUUGAAGAACCAUGACGGUACCCUCCCUAACAAACCGGUUUGGUCACUUUCUGGUAACCAAGGCAACGUGUGGCACAGAGCAUCUUUUGUGAUGAACAGAAUGACGCAAGAUUUUCAUGUCGUAUUUGAGGGUGUACUUGGUCGAUUUUAUCGUACCGAUAUUGCAAUAGACGAUGUGGCGUUUUACCCUAAUUCACCUUGUCCAUAUUAUCCUACACAGGAGCCUAUCCCGACAACGAUUCCAUCAGGACUUCUGUUCAAUAUGUCAUGUACCUUUGAGGAAGACUCCUGUAACUUCACCCAAGCAACGGACGACAUCUUGGAUUGGCAACGCGUCAGAGCCAGUUACCUGCAGCAAGAUUUGAAUGGAUGGCGUUACACGAACAUGUUGAGUCGACGCUUUCCUAAUUGGAAAAGACUCAGGGGACCGGCCACCGACCACACAACAGAGUCUCACGAUGGAUGGUUCAUGGCUUUCUGGUAUCGUUGGAAUUGGUACAGUCCUCGGUUAGCCAGGAAUGAUCAGUCAAGGAUCAUAUCACCUUUGAUGAGUGGAUCGGAUCAACCUAGAUGCCUCACAUUCUAUAUAUUCAAGGAUGGUUACACCACCGAUUUCAUGAAUGUUUACUUCCAAUACUACGGAGAAACUAGGGAGAUUGAUCCAGACUGGGCAUACUUUUGGCCUUCGUAUAAAUACUGGAUGAGAAAGAUGGUCGAUAUCCCUCCUUCUGAUAGACCAUUCAAUAUUGUUUUUGAAGCUGUUGUGCCAGGCCCAAACAGCCGGUGGAGACAGUACAUGAUGUUUAUCAUUGAUGACAUCAAAGUUGAAAGUGGAGUCUGUCCGAGAAUGAAUAGAAACCCUGCAUCUUGUGAUUUUGAAGAAGACACUUGUAAUUACUGGGGUCACUGGACAAGAAUAAGCGGCGAAACCCCGUCCAGACAUACCGGACCGCCGAGUGAUCAUACGAUCGGAAAUUCCAGUGGGCACUACAUGUACUUCGAGACGUCACAGCCCGUGCGGCCGCGGUCCGUCGGAUAUCUGAUGUCGCCUCGAAUGCACUGGUAUGGCAAACAAUGUGUACGGUUCUACUACCAUGCUAGUGGCAAUGACACCCGUAGAAUGGAGGUGUAUUUGAGAGAGCAAGCUCAGUGGACUAAUCAGGGUCAACAGCUCACUCAGUUGAAGUUGAUUGAAGGCAAACAGAAGGAUGCUUGGGUGCCCGUCAAUGCUGAUAUUGAAGUUAGCGGUGACUUUAAUAUUGUAUUCAAAGCAUAUGCUGGGAGAGGCUACCAAUCAGAUAUAGCUGUUGAUGACAUCAUCAUUCUAGAUCAUCCUUGCGUUGAUCUUGUCACGGAAACAUCGUGUGAUUUUGAGCUAGGACCCGACAAUUGCGGAUUCACCAACUCUGCUAAGAAUGAAAUCAGCUGGGACUGGUAUGACGCCAUCUACGGCAAAGGUUUUCCACUCCUCAGUAGAUCAGUGGCUACCAAUUCCUUCAUGUAUCUGUCGCUAUACAAUUCGUCAUCAUCAGAACAGCAGAUUAACGAACUGUACUCCGGUCACCUGACUGUUUCACCCACUACCCGGGAUCUGUGUGUCAGCGUUGAAUACUUGAUAGAAGGUACCAGCGAUCAAACAAUAGAUGUGAUCGUGGAAGAGAAGGAUGGAACAAGAAGACAGGCUGGGUCUGUGAGCAAUAAGAACAUGACCGAAUGGAAGAUGUAUACCGCAUCCUUGCUACAAUCCCACUCUCUCAAACCUUACAUUGUUUAUAAGGUGGUGAUAUCUGUCGAAUCUACGGACAAUGCAGCCCUCAUUGCUGUUGAUAACUUUGUCGUGUCAUCUGCAACCUGUGCCUCGCUUGGAUCCAUGAGUAGUAGUAGUUCAUCACGAAGAAGUAGUCGUUCCGGUAUGGCUGCUGGUCUCACCUUCCUCAUCCUCCUCAUCGUAGCCGCCUUGGCCGUCCUCGCUUUCAUCUAUCGAAGUCGUAUUCAAUCCCUCGUUCAUCGCUGCUCUCAGUCUGUUACCGAGAUGAAUUACAAGCGCUCCGAUGUCGCUUUCGUCAACGAAGACAAGAAAGAAUCGGUCGAGAUUUCCGCCACCGGGAACCAGGAAUCGCCGACUGCACCCGAGUCUACCAUUGAAGACGAUAAAAAGACUCAGAUGAACUAGGAAAUAUCGAAAUUAUUGUUUUGUGAUGGAGCCAACAUAGGACAUUUCGUUCACUGUUCUAGUCACGCGUGCCAUUCAGGAAUGCCUUCUAGCUAUAUAAAGAAAUACGUGUUGUUAUUGUAUGAUAUAGCAACAUAUAUGGGAUGACAGUAUGAUGUUUUAAUUGGUUAAAGAUUCUAGGGAUAUUUGAUAUGUUUUUAACAGCUGUACCUUCCUUAAUGUUAUCAUGAUAUAUAUUUUACUAUAGCAGUUUAUAGGAAGUUGGUUGAACGCCACGUACAUGAUGCAUCAAGUAGGACCUCUUAUAACUUGAAAUUGUAACAUGAAUGUUUGUUAUUAAGCAUUAGAUAUUGAAAUUUGGGCGUUAACGUUGCUAAUCCUGCCUUUCUAAAUACUUCUUUGAGUAUAAACAGAUAGGCUUUAUCGUAUUAAGGGGCAACGUGACCGCCGAGUGUAGUACUAUUUUGUAAUGAUGAUUAUGAUGAUGAUGAUUAUGAUUUCGGUGGAGUAUGGAGAUGAUGAUGGUGUAUAAUCAUUGGGUCCUGUAUAGCGCUACGAGAAGAUCAAAAUAACAAUGACUGUGCUACUACAUCUAUAUGAUUAGGAUAAUAACCCCCUACAGCUCCUACAUGACAAUAACAUAAUGAUAACCAUUACAAUAAUACAUGAUGAUGAUGAUGAUGACGAUGAGGAUUAUGAUGAUGAUGAUGAUGAUGAUGAUGAUGAUGAUGA